UUCAGUUUGUAACUGACACCGGAAUGCGUGAGACCGGUGGAUACAAAAUUUAUUUAUUGUCAAUUACUUCGUAGAUUUUUGAUACCUUAUCUCGUUUUGAGCGAGUGACUUUUAAACAAAACAUCAGCAAAGCUCGUGACUGAGGUGAAGUUAAGAAUGAAAUUCUAAAGUUCGAUUAUUCAGGCGAGUGUUAACGACUUAUAUUUUAUUACUUUGAAAUGAAUGUUAGCGGAAGCCCAUUGAGUAGCAAAAUGUCUAAUAUCUACAACAAUUCUCUGGUUCAUUUCUGGCAACACGUAUUCCAUGAUGUGGCAGAUCCGAGGACACGAGAUUGGUUUCUGAUGUCUUCUCCAGUGCCUGGAGCCAGUAUCAUGAUCGGAUACCUUUACUUUGUUCUUUCAUGGGGUCCUCGACAUAUGGAGCACCGUAAACCUUACAAACUUAACAACACACUCGUUGUUUACAAUUUCCUGCAAGUUAUUCUCAGCAUCUGGCUCUUUUGGGAAGGUCUUGAUGCUGCUUGGUUAAAAAAGUAUAGUUGGAAAUGUGAACCUGUUGAUUAUUCUAAUACCCCUGAAGCAUUGAGGGUUGCAAGAGGAGUUUACAUGUAUUUUUUAGCGAAAAUAUCAGAACUUCUUGAUACCGUUUUUUUCGUUUUGAGAAAAAAAGAGAGACAAAUAACUUUCUUGCAUAUGUAUCAUCACACUGUUAUGCCAUUGAUAUCAUGGGGAGCGACUAAAUACUAUCCCGGUGGACAUGGAACUUUUAUUGGUGUAAUCAAUAGUUUUGUCCAUAUUAUUAUGUACACGUAUUACUUAUUGGCGGCUUUGGUGCCUCAAUAUCAACAAUAUCUUUGGUGGAAAAAAUAUAUUACAACUUUGCAAAUGGGUCAAUUUUGUCUUGCUUUUGUGCACAGCUUACAGUUACUCAUUUACGAUUGUGAAUAUCCAAGAUGGUCUCUCCUUCUUAUUUUACCUAAUGUUACGUUCUUCUACUUCCUCUUUUUCGAUUUUUACAAAAAAGCUUAUGUACCACAAGAUAAGAAAAAUGAUGAUGAUUUACAAAUAAACGGAAAAGAAAGUUUAUGGAAAAAAAAUAAUAAAGUCAAUGACAAAGAUGAUAUUAGAAAAACGAUUACUAAUAGCAUAUCAAAUGGUGUAGUGAGAAAUUAUAAAUACACCUAGGGAGGCUGGUAGGUUGUCAUAGUUCACGUGCUUGCUCAUUAAAUACGUGGGUUUGAAUAUCCUUGUUUUCUUCCUAGGUGCGCAAUAGAUUGAACAAUCAAAAAUAUUGAGAUCAUCUAUCAAAUUAUACCUCAAGUCAUAAUAGCUCCCUAUUUUGGAGAUUGUAAUUAGGUAGUGUUAAUAUUACCAAAAAUUUUAACGCUUCUGUUCAAAUAACCUGACGCAAGUACUUUCUUGCCUUAACCUAACAAAACCCUGACGUAUCUGCCCUGAUUAAAAAAAAUGAUUUACUCAAUGACGAAUGUAUAUCUAUAUAGUAUUAAAGUUAAAUUGUUUCUAAUCGUUUUGAAUAGUUUCUUAAAAUCAGGGUGACAUCUCUCCUUUCUCAGAAGCGUCACGUAUUUUGUGAAUAGCUUUUUGAAUAAUCAUAUAAAUGCGUCGUAUUUAUAACAUUGUUUACUACCAUAGCUUGUAUAUUAUGAAAAACAUUUAUGUAUAUAUACAUAUUGAUAUAUAUAUGAGGGUGUAUCAAAUAAAAUUAAUAUUUUUGUGUUAAGUAGGAUUUAGGAAUCUAAAAAAAACAUUGUAUGCAUUGUAAAUAUUCUACAGAAUAUAGCUAGGUUAAAAAAUUCACUAGUGUAUUGUAAAAUUUCAACUUUCAUAGCGUAUUUUUUACUAUAAUUCAUGCAUAAAUAACAUAAAUGAACUUCAUUUUAUACAGAUUCGUAAAGACCUGAAUCUUUGAAAAAUAAGUUUUUAUGUGUUAAUUCCGCGAACUUAACUAAUAAAAAGUUAUUAACUCGGAUGUUUGAUGAAAAAUUUGGUACUCUUCCAUAUUUUUACUAACUACUUCGAAAUUCAUUAUAUUAUAUUAGAAUAUUUAUUGUUGUCCCAGUAAGAGAAUAGGACUCGGAAGUUGCCCCCAUUACCAAACAUUUAUGAACUGCGCAUGCGCAUAGAAAAGUGGGAGAACAUUUAGCACAUAAAACAUCCAGAGUGGGAGUAAAAACCGACGA